AGCGGGCGAGCGGCGCGGCUCGGGCUCGGGCUCGGGGCUCGGGGACCGCACCGCGGCCGGGGCCCAGGCCGGGCCGUCGUGAGUGACGCCGGAGAGGCGCGUCCUGACUUGCCGGGGCUCCUGCCGCUGCGGUGACUGACCCAGGCCGCCGAGAUGGCCGGGGCCUCUGUGAAGGUGGCGGUGAGGGUCCGCCCCUUCAACUCCCGGGAGAUGAGCCGCGACUCCAAGUGCAUCAUCCAGAUGUCGGGAAGCACCACCACCAUCGUGAACCCCAAGCAGCCCAAGGAGACGCCCAAGAGCUUCAGCUUCGACUACUCCUACUGGUCGCACACCUCGCCCGAGGACGUCAACUACGCCUCGCAGAAGCAGGUGUACCGGGACAUCGGGGAGGAGAUGCUGCAGCACGCCUUCGAGGGCUACAACGUGUGCAUCUUCGCCUACGGCCAGACGGGGGCGGGCAAGUCCUACACCAUGAUGGGCAAGCAGGAGAAGGACCAGCAGGGCAUCAUCCCACAGCUCUGUGAGGACCUCUUCUCUCGGAUCAAUGACACGACCAACGACAACAUGUCCUACUCGGUGGAGGUCAGCUACAUGGAGAUUUACUGCGAGCGUGUCCGUGACCUCCUGAACCCCAAGAACAAGGGGAACCUGCGUGUCAGGGAGCACCCGCUGCUCGGUCCCUACGUGGAAGACCUCUCCAAGCUGGCCGUCACCUCCUACAACGACAUCCAGGACCUCAUGGACUCAGGGAACAAGGCCAGGACUGUGGCAGCCACGAACAUGAAUGAAACCAGUAGCCGCUCACACGCUGUUUUCAAUAUCAUCUUCACCCAGAAGCGCCAUGAUGCGGAGACAGACAUUACCACGGAGAAAGUGAGCAAGAUCAGCCUGGUGGACCUGGCGGGGAGCGAGCGGGCCGACUCCACCGGCGCCAAGGGCACACGUCUCAAGGAAGGAGCCAACAUCAACAAGUCCCUGACCACCUUGGGGAAGGUCAUCUCCGCCCUGGCUGAGAUGGACUCUGGGCCCAAUAAGAACAAGAAAAAGAAGAAGACCGACUUCAUCCCGUACCGAGACUCUGUGCUGACCUGGCUCCUCCGGGAGAACCUGGGCGGCAACUCCAGGACGGCUAUGGUGGCGGCGUUGAGCCCGGCGGACAUCAACUACGACGAGACUCUCAGCACACUGAGGUACGCGGACCGGGCCAAGCAGAUCCGCUGCAACGCCAUCAUCAACGAGGACCCCAACAACAAGCUGAUUCGGGAGCUGAAGGACGAGGUGACCCGGCUGCGGGACCUGCUGUACGCCCAGGGCCUGGGCGACAUCACUGAGAUGACCAACGCCCUGGUGGGCGUGAGCCCCUCGUCCUCGCUCUCCGCCCUGUCCAGCCGCGCCGCCUCCGUGUCCAGCCUCCACGAGCGCAUCCUGUUCGCUCCGGGCAGCGAGGAAGCCAUCGAAAGGCUGAAGGAGACGGAAAAGAUCAUCGCCGAGCUCAACGAGACGUGGGAGGAGAAGCUGCGGCGGACGGAGGCCAUUCGCAUGGAGCGGGAGGCGCUGCUGGCGGAGAUGGGCGUGGCCAUGAGGGAGGAUGGCGGCACCUUGGGCGUGUUCUCCCCCAAGAAGACGCCGCACCUCGUCAACCUCAACGAGGACCCGCUGAUGUCCGAGUGCCUCCUCUACUACAUCAAGGACGGGGUCACCAGAGUGGGCAGGGAGGACGCGGAGAGGCGGCAGGACAUCGUUCUCAGCGGACACUUCAUCAAGGAGGAGCACUGUGUCUUCCGGAGCGACUCCCGGGGAGGCAGCGAAGCUGUGGUGACCCUCGAGCCUUGCGAGGGGGCAGACACGUACGUCAACGGCAAGAAGGUCACUGAGCCCAGCAUCCUACGAUCAGGAAACCGCAUCAUCAUGGGCAAGAGCCACGUGUUCCGGUUCAACCACCCGGAGCAGGCGCGCCAGGAGCGGGAGCGCACGCCCUGCGCGGAGACGCCCGCGGAGCCCGUGGACUGGGCCUUCGCCCAGCGGGAGCUGCUGGAGAAGCAGGGCAUCGACAUGAAGCAGGAGAUGGAGCAGAGGCUGCAGGAGCUGGAGGACCAGUACCGCCGCGAGCGCGAGGAAGCCACCUACCUGCUGGAGCAGCAGCGGCUGGACUACGAGAGCAAGCUGGAGGCCCUGCAGAAGCAGAUGGUCAGGUACUACCCAGAGGUGAACGAGGAGGAGGAGGAGCCGGAGGAUGAAGUCCACUGGACGGAGCGGGAGUGCGAGCUGGCGCUCUGGGCCUUCCGGAAGUGGAGGUGGUACCAGUUCACGUCCCUGCGGGACCAGCUGUGGGGCAACGCCAUCUUCCUGAAGGAGGCCAACGCCAUCAGCGUGGAGCUCAAGAAGAAGGUCCAGUUCCAGUUUGUCCUCCUCACCGACACCUUGUACUCCCCACUGCCGCCCGACCUGCUGCCCCAGGCCGCCAAGGACCGGGAGACGCGCCCCUUCCCCCGCACCAUCGUGGCUGUGGAGGUCCAGGACCAGAAGAACGGGGCCACCCACUACUGGACGCUGGGGAAGCUCAGGCAGCGCCUGGACCUGAUGCGGGAGAUGUACGACCGGGCGGCGGAGGUGCCCUCCAGCGUCGUGGAGGACUGCGACAACGUGGUGACGGGCGGGGAUCCCUUCUACGACCGCUUCCCCUGGUUCCGGCUGGUGGGCAG